UACAUUCAUUGUAUUAGCCAAGUGGCUGCCGGAGGGGGACGGUUGCGCUCGCUCCACUCUGUGAUUGCCCUCUUGCUCAGGGAUAGCGCGAUGAUCAGUGCCAUAGUGUGACGCAGAGGUUGGUGGCUUGUGUUAGCCAGUGUUGUGAGUGAUGGUGUAUUAUAGUGUGAGAGUAUGAUAGUGACGAGGCAGCAGUGAAGCAACACGGGUCGCUGGGCCUCCUUCAGAUGCUCAGAUAACAGCGGCUCCAGCAUGGCGGGCCCCACCAGCGCCCUCGUAUGGACACUUGUGGGCGUGUGGGCGGCCUGUGCGUGGGCGGAGUACCCUGUGGUGCUGUCUGAGGAUCACCCAGGAGGGCCGCUGAGGUGUGAGAACAUUCUCAUCCCCGCCUGCCGUGAGGUAGGCUACAACCUCACCUCCAUGCCUAACUUAGUGGGCAACGAACUGCAGAAGGACGCAGAGUCGCGCCUCAACUCCUUCAAGCCGCUCAUACAGUAUGGGUGCUCGUCCCAGCUGCAGUUCUUCCUGUGCUCCAUCUACACGCCCAUGUGCACGCCCCAGGUACCCACGCCCAUCGGACCUUGCAGGGACCUGUGCGAGACUGUUAAGAACCGGUGUUCCCCAGUAAUGGCCGAACUGGGGUACCCGUGGCCACACUUCCUUAACUGCUCCAGGUUCCCGCCGGAGAACAACGAAGAGCACAUGUGUAUGGAGGGCCCCGGGGAGAAGAUGCCGCCCCAUUCCCCGCCCACCACUUCCCCACGCCCACAGCCGCCUCGCAGGUGUAGUCACUACGCUCACGCCCACAAGUACCGCUACAUCAAUGCCACGGGCACGUGUGCACCACUAUGUCAGGCCAACAUUUCCUUCAACACCAGCGACAAGUCUUUCGCGGUGGUGUGGAUGACCAUAUGGGCGGUGGUAUGCUUCGCCGUCACCCUCUUCACCGUGCUCUCCUUCCUGCUGGAGGCGGCAGCCUUCAGGUAUCCUGAGCGUGCGGCGGUGCACCUUGCUCUCUGCUACAACCUGGUAGCCCUGGGCUACCUGGUGCGGCUAGUGGCGGGUCCUGGCAGGGUGACGUGCCACACUGACCCUGAGCUGGGUAUGGUAGCAGUGACUGAGGGUGCCCUACACACCACCUGUGCCCUGGUAUUCCUUCUCCUCUACUACUUUACCACCGCCGCCUCCGUCUGGUGGGUGAUGCUGUGUGUUUCAUGGCUGCUGAGAGCCUGGAGAGGCUGGAGCCAUGAGCAGAUCUUACGACACUCCUCCUGGUUCCACGUAGCGGCGUGGGGGUUGCCCGCCGCCCAAGCCAUCGUCUGCCUCGUCUUCAGGAAGGUCGACUCAGACGAGCUCACAGGCACUUGUUACGCGGGGCAGCAGAAUACAGAGACACUUGUGCGGUUUGUGUUAGUGCCACAAUUCCUGUACUUGGUGACGGGUGCCACACUGGUGCUGGUGGUGUUCGCCUGUCUUUGGAAGGCACGGUCGCGCCUCCGUCAGGAGGGCAUGAAGACUGAUCGUGUGGACGUCACCGUCGCUAGAGUGGGCGUCGUGGCCGUCCUCUACAUGGUUCCUGCUUCCUGCCAGGUGGGCGCCACUUUCUACGAGUAUGUGGAGCGUGAGCGGUGGCUGCGGGACGCCACUGUCAGACCCAACAUGGAAGUGUUUAUGCUGAAGAUCUUCAUGUCCCUGGCUGUGGGCAUCAUGGGUGGCCUCUUUCUCAUCAACAGCCGCGUCCUACACUCCUGGAAGCUUCUUAGGAGAUUUGCAGCUAGGAAGCAGCCACUGCCGGCGUACUUGCAGACACCUCACUUGACGGGGUCAGUGCUCCAGGGGUCUGGCACUCCCCACAAGGUCCCUCCUGGGCAUCACAACCACUUGCAACCACCCUAUCUUCCCCAGCAGCGUCACCAGGAAGCUCCUGGGGCACCCUUACCAGACGUUCACGGCUACGUUCACAUGUACCCCCCACAACCCCCGAAGAGCCUAUACCACCACCACCUCUCUCACCCGUCCAGGCAUAAAUGUGGCUCUGAGACACAGGUGUAGUGGCUGAAGUGGUGACCACCGUCAGGUGUGACCACCAGAGUUGCUCAUCACAGUUCACCUGUACUUAAAAAAACAUCUCCGGUGAUCCAGCUGCUGGCAUGAUUCAUCUUUUAGUUCCUCUGAAUAGGACAGGAAAAAUCUUGAAUAGUCAGCCAUAACCACAGUCACGAUAGCUAUUUAAAAUAAAUAUUGAUAGUGCCAAGCUCGUGUAGGUCAUAUAGUGAGAGAAAUGUGUAAGCUUGAUUCUCCAUCAGUUAAGCUGGAGGUAGACAAGCUGUCAUCCAGGUGAAGAGUCAGGAGGAACUGCAAUUGUUAGACGCCCGUUGACAUAAACUGCUUGUAGUGUUGUAAUGCAGUAGUGAGAGGGACUACACGAGUGACAAAUAAGCAAGCCUUAUAUAUCCGUUUAUUCAUUGACAUUCGUUCAUUACGCCUUAAA